UGAGCCCUCCUUCAGAAAAAACAGGUGUAUUUUUAAAAGACGAAUAUAAAACAGAAGAGAUUAUUACAGCUCCAGUCAUCGUAGAAAUAAGCUUACAGCAGCAAUAUAAACUUAGAUUUAACCUGUUGUACCAGAAAAUGACGAUCAGGAAGUUCGCUAUUGAGUACGACACCAUAAAUGAUCGCAACACCUUUAGCAAUCAGGAUAUUUUGGUGGGCAGAGUUAUCGUGGACGUGUCAAAGAAAACCAAAAUCAAUGCUCUGACUGUCCAGGCGAAAGGCAAUGCAAAUGUGUCAUGGGAUGAGACGCCAGCGGAAAGCACUGUGACGUACUGGGAUACAGAAAAGUAUUUCUCACUAACUCGGUCUGUCUUACCGGAGGAUAACACAGAUGGCUCUGUAACUCUUGUGGCUGGUAGACAUGUCUUUGCUUUUGCCUUUCAGCUUCCCGACCAGGGCCUGCCUUCAUCCUUUAAAGGUGCUCAUGGUAAAAUCCAUUACCAACUUUUAGGCAAGUUGAGCAGGUCUAUGCGUUCAGCCAGCGAAGCUAAAGCAAAGUUCACCUUCGUGGCCAAAGCUGAUUAUGAUCAUUCAACAUUGAUGGCACCUCAACAUGGCAGUAAAGACAAGAAUGUCAGUUUUUUUGCCUCUGGAAAUAUUUCAAUGAAUAUUUUCUUGCCAAAGACAGGCUACCAGCAAGGUGAAAGACUAGUCGUCAACGGUGAGAUUGUAAACAGCUCAACUCGAAAAAUUGUGCCAAAGUACAUUAUCUACCAGAAACAAAGUUUCUUUGCUGGAGGCCAGAGAACUGUUCAUACCACCCAGAUACUGAAGGAUAAGGGAGAACCUUUAAAAUCCUCCACCAGACAGAAUCUGUCCAAAGUAUUAGUCCUUCCCACAGAAAUCAGCACCACCAUCCACAACUGCCGAAUCCUCAAAGUCGAGUACAGACUACAGGUUAUUUUGGAUGUAUCGUUCACUAAAAACCCCAUGGUUAAACUCCCGUUUAUCGUACUUCCUCUACAUGAUGGGACCUCAAAGAGUUGAAGGCUGGACUACACACAGACCUGUCCAAAAUGAAUAUUUUUAAAUUAAUAUUAGCAAUGGGCUAGUUUUGUUUGCCCUUUUGAUUUUACGCUUAUUGUAUCCUACUGUGAAAAUAAUGUAUUUUCCAAAAUAGGAAAUCAUAUAUGAAAAAGGGCAUAUAUUUCUCAUAAUUGCCCAAAAUAAAAACCCUUUCAAAAUGUUCUCUACCUCAUGCUGUUCCAGACUUUUUUCAAAAAGAAUAUUAUAUUUCACAGGAGAAAGAACGACAUACAGGUUUGAUAUGAAAUAACAGUAAACGAUAUCAACAAUAUCAUUAACAUUAAAAUGAAGGUAAUCAGAUUUCCUUUUAAAUAAAUGUAUUUCAGUGCUUCCGUCCAUGCAAAAAGAUUACAAUAAUAUAAACAUAAAUGCACAUA